UCUGCUGGAUUCAAAAACAAUUCAAGGGGAGCUGGGCUGGAUCUCCUACCCAUCACAUGGGUGGGAAGAGAUUAGUGGUGUUGAUGAGCAUUAUACUCCAAUCAGAACUUACCAAGUGUGCAAUGUUAUGGAUCACAGCCAAAACAAUUGGCUGCGAACAAACUGGAUUCCACGCAAUUCAGCGCAGAAGAUAUACGUGGAGCUCAAAUUUACCUUGAGGGACUGCAAUAGUAUCCCUCUAGUUCUGGGCACUUGCAAAGAGACUUUCAAUCUGUAUUACAUGGAAUCCGAUGAUGACCAUUUGGCGAAGUUCAGAGAGCACCAAUUUACAAAGAUUGACACCAUUGCAGCUGAUGAGAGCUUCACCCAGAUGGAUCUUGGGGACCGGAUUCUCAAGCUGAAUACAGAAGUCCGCGAGGUGGGACCUGUUAGCAAGAAGGGCUUUUACUUGGCUUUCCAAGAUGUAGGUGCAUGUGUUGCCUUAGUCUCGGUGCGAGUGUACUUCAAGAAGUGCCCUUUCACUGUCAAGAACCUCGCCAUGUUUCCAGAUACAGUUCCUAUGGACUCCCAGUCCCUGGUGGAGGUGCGGGGUUCUUGUGUCAAUCAUUCCAAGGAGGAAGAGCCACCCAAGAUGUACUGCAGCACGGAAGGAGAAUGGCUAGUGCCCAUAGGGAAGUGCUUGUGUAAUGCUGGCUAUGAAGAAAGAGGCUUUGCGUGCCAAGCUUGUCGACCUGGGUUCUAUAAAGCUUCUGCUGGCAAUGUGAAGUGUGCCAAAUGCCCACCUCACAGCUCCACCUAUGAAGAUGCAUCUCUGAACUGCAGGUGUGAAAAGAAUUACUUUCGCUCUGAGAAAGACCCUCCAUCCAUGGCUUGCACCAGACCACCAUCUGCUCCAAGAAACGUUAUUUCUAACAUCAAUGAGACAUCUGUUAUCCUGGACUGGAGCUGGCCUCUUGACACAGGAGGUCGAAAGGAUGUCACUUUCAACAUCAUUUGCAAAAAAUGCGGAGGAAGCAGCAAGAUAUGCGAGCCCUGUAGUGACAACGUACGAUUCUUACCCCGUCAGGCUGGCCUCACCAACACCACGGUGACAGUAGUGGACCUUUUGGCACAUACCAAUUACACUUUUGAGAUUGAUGCGGUCAAUGGGGUAUCUGACUUGAGUACACUUUCCAGACAAUUUGCUGCUGUCAGCAUCACGACUAAUCAGGCUGCACCAUCCCCCAUCACAGUGAUAAGGAAAGACCGGACAUCCAGGAACAGCGUGUCUCUGUCUUGGCAGGAACCUGAGCACCCAAAUGGAAUCAUCUUGGACUACGAGGUCAAAUACUAUGAAAAGCAGGAACAAGAGACAAGCUAUACUAUUCUGAGAGCCAAAAGCACUAAUGUUACUAUCAGCGGCCUCAAACCUGAUACCACCUACGUCUUCCAAAUUCGAGCCCGAACUGCAGCAGGAUAUGGGACAAGCAGCCGCAAGUUUGAAUUUGAAACCAGUCCAGAUUCAUUCUCCAUUUCCAGUGAAAAUAGCCAGGUUGUUAUGAUUGCCAUUUCAGCUGCAGUUGCCAUCAUUCUCCUCACGGUUGUUGUGUACGUCUUGAUUGGGAGAUUCUGUGGAUACAAGAAGUCUAAACAUGGUACUGAUGAGAAAAGACUACAUUUUGGGAAUGGCCAUCUAAAACUCCCAGGCCUGAGAACUUAUGUAGAUCCACAUACGUAUGAAGAUCCCAAUCAAGCUGUACAUGAAUUUGCCAAGGAACUAGAUGCUUCUAACAUAUCAAUUGAUAAAGUCGUUGGAGCAGGGGAAUUUGGAGAAGUGUGCAGUGGGCGCCUGAAGCUGCCUUCUAAAAAGGAAAUUUCAGUGGCCAUCAAAACUCUGAAAGCUGGCUACACAGAAAAACAGAGAAGGGAUUUCCUGGGAGAAGCAAGCAUCAUGGGGCAGUUUGACCACCCCAACAUCAUCCGACUGGAGGGCGUUGUGACUAAAAGUAAACCAGUUAUGAUUGUUACUGAAUACAUGGAAAAUGGUUCAUUGGACAGCUUCCUACGGAAACACGAUGCCCAGUUCACAGUCAUUCAGCUAGUAGGCAUGCUUCGUGGGAUUGCAUCUGGCAUGAAAUAUUUGUCAGAUAUGGGUUACGUCCACCGUGAUCUAGCUGCUCGUAACAUACUCAUCAAUAGUAACUUGGUGUGCAAAGUCUCAGAUUUUGGUCUUUCCCGUGUAUUGGAAGAUGAUCCAGAAGCUGCUUACACAACAAGGGGGGGCAAGAUUCCCAUCCGAUGGACAUCACCAGAAGCCAUAGCAUACCGGAAGUUCACAUCAGCCAGUGAUGCGUGGAGUUAUGGGAUUGUGCUCUGGGAGGUGAUGUCUUAUGGAGAGAGGCCGUACUGGGAGAUGUCCAACCAGGAUGUAAUUAAGGCUGUUGAUGAAGGGUAUCGCUUGCCACCUCCUAUGGACUGCCCAGCUGCCUUGUAUCAGCUGAUGCUGGACUGCUGGCAGAAAGACAGAAACAACAGACCCAAGUUUGAGCAGAUUGUCAGCAUCCUGGAUAAGCUGAUCCGUAAUCCCAGCAGUCUGAAAAUAAUCACCAAUGCAGCAGCAAGGCCAUCAAACCUUCUUCUGGACCAAAGUAACAUUGACAUUUCAGCUUUCCGCACAACAGGUGAUUGGCUCAAUGGUUUUCGAACAGGACAGUGCAAAGGCAUUUUCACUGGUGUGGAGUACAGUUCCUGUGAUACAAUAGCCAAGAUUUCCACCGAUGACAUGAAGAAAAUUGGUGUUACAGUUGUGGGGCCUCAAAAGAAGAUUGUUAGCAGUAUCAAAACUCUAGAAACUCAUACGAAGAACAGCCCUGUUCCUGUGUAAGGUACCAAAAUGAUGUUGCUGAGGACAGAAAAAAGAAAAGUCGCAUCAAAGAGCAAAAGCGAUGGCUGAUAAAUGGCACAGUUUAAAGGAGUUCUUUGCAGCAGUUUUGGAAACAUAACGAUUGAAAUUUCAAACCCACUGAGACACUCAAAUACUGAGUAUAAAUGCCUUAAAAAUAGGAGCGAACUUGUUUUGUAUCUGUUAAUCCUGAAGGGUGGGUGCUCUUAACUGACUGUUAAUGCAGAUAGUAAAUUUCAAAAGAAAAAAAAAAAUGUAAAAAAUCCUUCCGAGUAAAAAGCAGUGAUACUAAAACCUAGAGCCAUUUGAAUAUUAAGUGACUGAAUAACAUGAAAAACCCAAGGACAUAAAAGCUGUGUAUUUGAUCUAUACAGCAAACAAGAAGAAAGAAAGACUUACAGUAUUUUUAUACAGAAGAGAUCUGUAACAGGUAUUUUAUUUCUUUAAAAGCAAGGAAAAUAGAGGACUAUACCUCGCAAUCUGUCUGGCCAUAUUUACUAUAAUGUCAUUGUAACAUGCUAUUUGAACUUCAGAAAGGAAAACAGACAUAAAAUUUGUAGUGACUGGGUUAGUUGGCAAAAGAUUUUCACCAUUGUGUUAGUUUCCCUAAUUGUGUUCAUUUAAAUAGAAAAAAAAAAGUCUUAAUUCUUAAAAGACUUAUUUAUUUCCUUUCUUGUUUUUUGCUUUUUGUUUUUUGUUUUUUUUUUUUACCAUUAUUGUUUAUAUUUAUGCUUAAAUACCUUAACCUGGCUGCAUUAUUGACAAGUGCCAAAUAUUAUCAAUACUUCAUUGGUUUAACCUGAGAAACUGUGAGGGUUAAUUACUUGAUUAUUUUAUACUCACAACGUCAUAUACAAAGUACAGAAGGAAAGAAAUGUCUUUUUUGUAGCUCCGACCCUAGGCAAAUCAUUGGGACUUGCUGAGAUUUCUUUCCUUUGCAAGUGAGUGAUAUUUAAAUCUGGGCUUGAAUUCUGGUGGAAUUGCAUGCCCAUUGAUCUCCAAAUCAGUACCUGGCCUGGCCAACCAUAUGUAUUUCCUUUGCUUUCCAAAGGCCUGAUUUCAUGUCACAAAGGUCUGCUGUCUUCAGAUGCUGUUCAGGUGGAAGAAUUACCUAGGAAUUGUAAGAGUGUAUCCUGCACGAUCUGAGAGUGCUUUUUUAGCUUAUUGAGGAAUUAUGCAUUACUGUCUUCCAUCUCAUGGGCUCUGCUCCCAGUGCUGGUAACUGGGAGUUGUACUACCAUGUCGGCAGCCAAGGAUAGUUGAAGAAGAUGAUUUAAGCUUCUACAGUGGGAGUUUGGCUUGUCAUUUUGCCUAAUUCUGAUCUAGAAGACCUCUGUCCAGAUGCUGUCAUUCUUCAGGAGCCUUGCUUUUUGAUUCAGGUUCCAUGGGCACCUGUGUUUGCCACUCCACAUGGCUGCAGCCACCUCAGUCUUGACAGGACUGAUUAGUUGUGUGGCAAUGUGAGAGUCCAGAAAACACAGCACUCGCAAGGGUGUGCUUUGGUAGAUGUCCCAGUGUAACCAAAACCACCAGGCUCCAUCCAUCUAGGAAUGGUUCUUCCUUCUGCAAGGUGAGUUGGGGUAAAGCCAGCUGUACUGCUUUAGAAGCAGUGCUUGGUCCCUUGAAAGAAAUCAGAAGGGAGCCUAUCUUUAGGAGACCAUUCAUAUUUUUCAGUAGAAAAAGGAACGUAAAGGAGAGGAUUUGAGUCUUCCUACAUCUUCAGCAUCUUCCCAUAAGUGAGCUCUUAAGCUCCUGAUUAUGUUAAUCCUAGUCCUGAACAGACACAGCUCUUUCCUCUGAAAAUGAGGGGUUUAAGUCGCUGUGUGAGGCAUUUCUAGUGCUGCAUACAGGCCAGUUUCUUCAUGCCCCCUUGGAUUUCCAACUUGCCGUUUUUAAACUUAAACCUGAUUCUAAUGAGUAACAGUGAGUCAUUGGCAGUCCAAGACUGUAAGAGGCAGUUGGGUACAUAGCAUGCCACUUUCUGCUGUGCAGUCAAGUUUGUUGUCCUUUCUUUGCAGUGUUGGUCUGGUUUUUGAAGCUCCUUGUAGCACAGGGCGCAUAAAUAUGAGGGGAAAUAAUCAGUUCUUGGGAUUUGUGUGGCUGAAUCAGUUUCCAAAUUGUUUUUAUUGGGUCCAAGACAUUUCAGAUGCAGAGCAACGGUGUUUAUUACACAUUAAUAAAUAGAAGGAGAGUUAGGGGUAAUGAACAUGCUGUAAAGGAUUGCAUCUGAAAUGCACUCACAGGAUAAGAAUGUCUUCUGAAAGAAAAAAUUAAGGAGUUUUAAAGUAAGUCAAAAUAAAAAUUGAAAAGUGGAAGAAAAAAUGAAAAGGAAGCACUUACGAUGCAAAAACACUUCUUAUGUACUACAAUCUAUUGUGAAAUACAGCAUGCUAAAUAUAAAAGCUAUAUUUUUAGUUGCUUAGUUCAUCCAGAAUCUUUCUUUUGUUCAGUUUGAGAUUGCUCUGUCAGACACUGCUGGUGAAUUUAAAGUUCACCAAAAUCCAUUUGCAGACAAUGUGUUUGUGGGGCAGCGUUUUACAUGUUCCUCCUGAUGUUUUUCUUCAGCUUCAUUCUGGAGAUUAGGGACGAGUGGGCUGAGGUGGGGGGAAUAGAUCUCGAAACGCUCCUGAAAACACAGAGCUGGUUCAUAGAAUUUUAGGUUACAAGCAAAAACUUUGCACCAACCACUCUCAAUCUUCUCAUAGUACCAUGUCAUGUUCCUUGCCCACUGUUUGAGCAUGCUCAGCGUAAGAAAUUAAAUCUUACUGAUGCUUGAGAAAAAAAAACAACUCAGUUUUGCUUUUCUUUGCUAUGAGGAGUAUAGUGUUCUAAACUACACUUAGGUAUUUUCUCCCUGUCAAAUGUUGAUUUGUACUGUAAGUGGCCUCUUUUGCAAGCAUCCUAUACUCCCUAUCCCCGUGUACAUAUGUAUACAUAGCAGUGUACAAUUCUUCAUUGUGGAGUAGAGAUACUAGAAUUUGUGUGGCCAUCUUCCUGUACAGGACUUGCAUUCAUUAUUGACAUCAAGCAAAAUGCAACAGCUCAUAAAAUGUCGUACCAUAUUAUUGGGUUUGUAUCUUUAAAUAUAGUUUCCAUUUUAUUUAUUUCUGUUAACAUAUCUAGUUUUGUGCUGUUACUUAGCGUUCAAUAAGCAAUGUAUAGAUGUGAUUUGAUUGGCAAUAUGUAUUUACUUUAACUUGUAUUUCAAAGCAUUACUUACUCAUUUAGUUUAUAUAUUGUGCAAUUGUAGAUGGCCUCUUACUAAUGUAAAAUGAUUUGUAGUGGAAACAUUUAUAUUUUUAUAAUAAACAUAAUGAAAGUAUUUUUUACAUACUGGAAUACUGAGGUGAUUGCUUGGAAGACAAAGUAAAUUUAUUUGAUUAGAAAAGUGUGAUAAAAUUGUAAUUAAAUAUGGAUAAAUUCUGAGUGUUAAAGCAUGGGUUCGGAGUGAAAGCUAGAUAUUGCCUAUAUUAUCUGUUAAAAGAAACAAGUAGUGCAGGCUCUAAAAAGACAGACAAGCAUUUGUACUAAACUGUCUUACAUCAGUCAAAGACUUUACUUUCUCCAUGGAUACAGGAAAACAUUGUCUAUUACAGCCUGCCUAUGGGAUACUGAAAAAGUUGUCAUUUAUUUUAGUUGUGUCAACUAUUUCCAAACUUCUGCAUUUUUUCUUCCCUUGCCAGUGGACCUCUUUUCAUCUUAUAACUAUGUUGAAUCCAGUAUAAGAUGUAAUUUUCAACAAAAUAAAAAGCCCACCACUUACAGUAGUUUAA